CCAAAACAAAUUGAUGCCCAUCUUUCUUUGUGCUUGUUGAUGGAAGGAAAACGAUAACAAAGCAAGUAAUGGUGAUCCCAUGGAGCAGAUUAAUGUGCACCUCUCGCACAAUUCUGCUACCCCGCCUGCAGCUUUAUAGCAGAUCUUAUUCAAAAACGUUGCCUGGGGUUGCCGCCAACAUCCGCAUACUGAAUAACAAAAUCACAAACUUGAUUCGAGACAGUAAAUUGGAUGAAGCAAGGAUGUUGUUUGACAAAUCAAGACAAAGAAACCCGGUGACUUGGAAUUCAAUGUUGAGUGGGUAUGUAAGACGCAGAGAGAUAGUGAAAGCACGCCAACUGUUUGAUGAAAUGCCUGAGAGAGAUACUGUGUCCUGGAACACAAUGAUUUCCGGGUAUGUUGGUUGUCGGUGUCUAGAGGAGGGGAGGGUCUUGUUUGAUGGAAUGCCAUGUAGAGAUAUUGUUUCUUGGAACACGAUUAUUAGUGGGUACGCAAAGAAUGGAAGGAUGGAUGAAGCUUUAAGGCUCUUUGAUCAGGCUCCCAACAGGAAUACUGUUUCUUGGAAUGCCAUGGUUACAGGGUUUUUACAGAAUGGCGAUUUGAGGAAUGCCGUUGGGUUUUUCAAGAAAAUGCCUGAGCGAGAUGCGGCUUCUCUUAGCGCACUUGUCUCCGGUCUUAUUCAGAAUGGGGAAUUGGAUGAAGCUGGAAAGAUUCUGCUCGAGACUUCGUGUGAGAAUGAUGAGAGAUUAGAUAUGGUUCAUGCUUGUAACACUUUAAUUGCUGGAUAUGGCCGGAAAGGACGGAUUGAAGAUGCUAGACACCUUUUUGAUGAAAUUCCAUAUCAUCGUAGAAAUGUGGUGUCUUGGAAUACUAUGAUUAUGUGCUAUGUGAAAGCUAGGGAUGUUCUCUCUGCAAGGGUUCUAUUCGACCAGAUGAUGGAGCGGGACACAUGUUCAUGGAAUACGAUGAUAAAUGGUUACAUUGAAAUAUCCGACAUGGAAGAAGCUUCAUACUUGUUUAAAGAAAUGCCAAACCCUGAUGUAUAUACGUGGAAUUCAUUGAUCUCGGGAUUUUCCCAGAUGGGUAAAGUGGGAAUUGCUCGUGAAUUUUUCCAGAGGGCACCCCAAAGAAACCGUGUGUCAUGGAAUUCCAUCAUAGCUGCUUACGAGAAAAAUAAGGAAUAUAAAGUAGCAAUAGAACUAUUCACCAAGAUGCAAUCGGAGGGAGAAAAACCCGAUCGACAUACUUUGUCUUCCCUUAUGAGUGUUUGUGCUGAAAAUGCUUAUAUUCAUCUGGGUAUACAAAUACACCAGCAGCUCAUAAAGAUUGUUACUCCAGAUGUGCCAUUAAAUAACUCCCUUAUCACCAUGUAUGCCAGGUGUGGAGCUAUAACGGAAGCUAGAGUGAUCUUCGAGGAGAUGAAGUUUCGUAAAGAUGUAAUUUCAUGGAACGCAAUGAUCGGUGGAUAUGCAUCUCAUGGAUAUGCAACCAAGGCCUUAGAACUUUUUGGUUCAAUGAAGAAGCUAUCAAUCCAGCCAACAUAUAUAACAUUUAUAUCUGUUCUGAAUGCAUGUGCCAAUGCAGGCUUAGCCGAAGAAGGCCGUAUGCACUUCAAAUCCAUGAUUAAUGAAUUUGGUAUCAAACCCAGGGUAGAACAUUUUGCUUCCCUUGUGGAUACCAUGGGUCGGAAUGGACAACUUGAGGAGGCCAUAGAUUUGAUCAAAGGAAUGCCGGUUAAACCUGAUAAGGCGGUAUGGGGUGCGUUACUUGGUGCUUGUAAAGUGCAUAAUAAUAUUAAGUUAGCCCAGGUUGCGGCUGAAGCAUUAAUACGUCUUGAACCCGAAAGCUCUACACCAUAUGUGUUGCUACAUAAUAUGUAUGCUGAUGUUGGACAAUGGGAUGAUGCAACAGAAAUCAGGAUGUUAAUGGAGAAACAUAAUAUUAGAAAGGCAGCAGGGUACAGCUUGGUGGAUUCGAGUUCCAGAUGAUUUACGAUGUUUCUAGUAACGCAGUUCGAAUUAUAAUCAAUUGCAUUGUAGUUUGAUGCAACAUCUCGAGGAAGCUUUGUAUCGAUCGUGUGAUCUCCGAGAGAUCAAUUUAAGUCGUCAUAUGAUGGGGGACAUUUUGUGUUCCUUUGAUGAUACAAAUGGGGUCUUCACGGAAAGAGUCGAGGUCGAUGACAGUAUGCAUAUAUAUUUUGGGCUCGUUUGGUUUGGAGAACCCACAUAGAUAUUGACUUGAUG